CCGUCCCGGCGCGGUAGGCGUUUGGCUCGCUCCGCCGCCCUGGGCAGCGGCGGGGGCGGCCCCGUCCGGUAGAGAGCCGCGCCGCAGAGCCCCGCUGGAGUCCCCGGCGGUCCCGGGAGGAAGAGGAUGCCGGGGCUGUGCUGAGAGAAAACCUCAACUUUUUGGAUGUACUAUUGAGUGGGUGUAUCUUUGGCAUGGAUUACGUGUUUGGUCUUCUACAACCUAAGGCAACAAUGUAUGUGCUACAUAUAGAAGAAUUAAUUGUAGGAAGAGACAAGUUGAAAAGCUGUACUACAUUAAGAAGCUGGUUUGAAAAUGUUUGCAUUUCUUGCCAAUAACAUGCAACCAAGAGAGCCCUGUAGUCCAACAGUAAAAUAACAACAACAAAGUUAUUUCUUUUUUUCCCUGGUUCAAAAGGAGCAAGUAGUCAGCAUGUGUUUUAUCAUGUGUUUCUUGGUUAUUUAGCACUCUUUUAUUAUGCAGAAAUAAUGGAGUGAGGAUUUGUAGACACUCCCUUCCCACCACACAUUCAGCAGCUAAAGACUGUCAAGAUGACCUCUGAAGAGAUGACAGCUUCUGUUCUGGUCUCUGUCGUGCAGGGUAAAGUGAUACCUGCUCAGUCAGCUGGAGAUGAAAAUACUGAAAAUGCUUUGGACACCAGUGUUAUAAAAAGACAUACUGCCAGUCCAGGAAGGCAAACCACACGCGCUGUCUCAUAUUUACACAGGCUGGAAGAAGAAAGUCUUCAGGGCUCAGUGCCCAAAAUAUUCACUUUGACAAAUAAACAAAUGACUGAUGACAAUAUUAAUGAAAGCUUCUGGAAGAGGAAUAAUGCCAUCUCUGAUUCAGUGCAAUUUCUUAACAUUAACUGUAACAUUGUGCAGAAGAACUACAAGAGCAAUAUCCCGUACGGUCAGUUGUAUAAAUCUUGUGGCCCUUUAGCAGGGGGAGAGGUGUGCCUAGAAACUGGAAUUCCUGUUUCACUGGAAAGAGCUAUGCUUGCUGAAAUUCAGUUGAAAAUGAAUGGACCUUCACUAAGAAGCCAGACAGCAGUAAAUAAGAGUGAUGGCAAUGAUACUGAUGAAGUAGCCUUUUUUCACUUUCAUUGUGCUAGUGAAAGGAAUAUAUCAAAGGCUUUGUGCAAAUUGCACAAUGGCUUCAUAUUGAAUGACUGCUUACAGCCAGUAAGUGUUGGCAAUAAUAGCACUACUGCUUCCCCGGCAUGCACUUGCACAUUAGUGGAGUUGACAAAUAAUUGUGAGAAUGAAAAUGGGCAACACUUGUAUGAUGACGCUUUAAGGGAUAAGUACUUCUGUCUGGAGAGAGCACCACGAAAGGCUAAAGUGUGCUCGGGUCACAGCUUCUUUGGAAACAACUUUACUGGAAGGAUGCCCUCAAAGCCCUUUCUGAGCCAUUUUGAAGACUGCAAUGAUAACUGUGAAGAAGAGAUGGAUGAGGAUUUUUUUAGAAACAAAAAGGAACGUUCCACAUUAUUAAUAAGACGUUUUUGUAAAAAUGAUAAGGAGGUUAAAAAAUCAGUUUAUACUGGAACGAGAGCGAUUGUUAGAACUUUACCUUCAGGGCACAUUGGAACUGUUGCUUGGAAUUAUGUUGAGCAGAAGAAAAACAACAGUGGCUUGAAGCGUUCUAGGAUUACAACAGAACAGCUAACUAUAAUUCAGAGCUUAAUAAAGUGGGAAUUUAAUUCCUUCUUAUGGUAUGAGAUCCUCAAUACUGUGAGGGAAGAAGGAGCAGAAGACGUCUUUGAAUACUUUCCUCAUCUUUUGAGAAAACUCCCAGCCUUACAUACAACCUGUAAAUGCAAAGGUGAUGGUUUAUGUGUAAAACCAUGUGCAACAGGUGCUUGCUCUCAGUAUCGUGCCACUUUACAGAGGACUGCGCUCUCUAACUACGUAACUGGUGCUUUGCUAGAAGCAACUACAUCAUUAGGAGCAAGAAGUGGUCUUCUAAAUAUCUUCGGAGGAUCAGCUGGAAGAACAAUGCUUAAAGAACGUCAAGCGUGUACAUCUAUGGCUGGCUCCAGUGUCCUUCCCUCCAACGUGGCUGGUAUCAGCAAGGAGCUCAUUGAUCUGCAGCACCUCAUUCAGUUCCCAGAGGAGGUUGCCAGCAUUCUCACUGAACAGGAGCAGGAGCUCUACCGGAAGGUCUUACCCAUUGACUACCUCUGCUUCUUAACCAGGGAUUUGGGUAACGCUGAGUGUCAAAGCAAGCUUCCUUGUAUUAAAGCUUCCAUAUCUGCUACUAUUCUUUCUUCCCCAAAUGGUGAACAUAAUGCUGUAGAAGAUCUUGUGACAAGAUUUAAUGAGGUGAGCUCGUGGGUUACCUGGCUGAUCCUGACUGCAGGUUCAAUGGAGGAGAAACGAGAAGUCUUCUCAUAUUUAGUACAUGUGGCAAAAUGCUGCUGGAAUAUGGGCAACUACAAUGCUGUAAUGGAAUUUUUGGCAGGACUAAGGUCAAGAAAAGUUUUAAAAAUGUGGCAAUUUAUGGACCAGUCUGACAUUGAAACCAUGCGGAGUCUGAAAGAUGCUAUGGCACAACAUGAGUCCUCAUCCGAGUACAGGAAAGUGGUCAACCGGGCACUCAAUAUUCCAGGCUGUAAAGUAGUUCCUUUCUGUGGUGUAUUUUUAAAAGAGCUUUGUGAAAUUUUGGAUGGAGCAUCAAGCCUCAUCAGACUCUGCCCACAGUAUAAUUCCCAGGAUGAGACGUUAGAGUUUGUUUCAGAUUACAGUGGACAAGAUAAUUUCUUGCAACGGGUAGGCCAAGAUGGCUUAAAUAAUCCAGAGAAAGAAUCCACAGCAAACAGUAUAUUUCAAACUAUUCGGAGCUGUAAUCGCAGUUUGGAAUCUGAGGAGGGGGAAGAUAAUCUCAGUGAAGAAAGCAAUUCGAGAAAAAACUCCUUGAAGGACAGAAACCGUUACCAUGCAGUACGUGUAAAGAAAGCUUCUGGUUCAAACCAAGUUCUAUUUAUAAUUGGAGAUCUUUCAGAUUCUGAAAGUGAUAUAUUUGAGCAGUUGAAGGACUGGGACACAAGUUCAGCAGAAGAGCAACAAAAGGCUUUCUGCCAUGGCAUAGAACUCAUUCCCUGGUACGUAUUGUCCAUCAGAGCUGAUGUCCACCAGUUCAUGCUGCAAGGUGCAACUGUCAUCCAUUAUGACCAGGAGACACAUCUUUCAGCACGUUGCUUUCUUCAGCUUCAGCCUGACAAUAGUACUUUGACUUGGACAAAACCCACAACAGUUUGCCCAGCAAAUGCAAAAGCAAAACUGAGUGUCCUGGGUAAUGCUGCUGAGCUUGGCAAAUACCAGUUCCUUGGCAAUACUGGACUAAAUGGACUGGUGGAAGGUUUUCUGGAUUUGUUUUCAGCCAAGGCUGUGUAUAUGGGACAUUCUGGCAUUGAUAUGCACACUGUGUGUGUUCAAAAUAAACUUUGUAAUAUGUCCCUUGAAGAAAAUGGUAUAACACUACUUUACGGACUUCAGACUACUGAUAAUAAGUUGCUGCACUUUGUUGCUCCAAAAUAUACUGCCAGAAUGCUCUAUGAUGGACUGCUGGAAUUGACUAAAGCUGUAAGAAAAAUGAGGAGAUUUCCUGAUCAGAGAUUACAGUGGCUACGGAAACAGUAUGUCAGCCUCUACCAGGAGGAUGGAAGGUUUGAAGGCCCAACCUUGGCUCAGGCUGUCGAACUGUUUGGAGGCAGACGAUGGAGCACAAGGAACACGAGCACAGGAACUCUGACCAAAAGCACUGAGAAACCUAGUGUGCAGAGAAACAACACUCUGGGAAUAAAUGCAGCUAAGAAGAAGAAGAAAGUACUCAUGAGGGGUGAAAGUGGAGAGGCUACUGAUGAUGAAAUGGCAACUCGGAAGGCAAAAAGCUGUAAGGAAUAUCGAAACAGAAGUGGUUCAGAUCCUCAAGAUAUUGAUGAACAAGAAGAAUCAGAUCAAAAUAUUAUUAUUAAUGCUUCUCCAUCUAACACCCUGUCAUCAAGAAGAGCUCACUCUUUGACAGCAUCUGGACCUCCUCAUUUAGGAGCUUCCACGUCCUCACCAGCCAGACCAGUGUCCUCUCCUGUAAUGUCUUCAAGCAAGAGUCAGUCGAGCACGUGGAGCAGCAGUAGCUGGCAUGGCCGUGUUAAAGGAGGAAUGAAGGGAUUCCAGAACUUCAUGGUUUCUGACAGUAACAUGACUUUUGUGGAAUUUGUGGAGCUCUUCAAAUCUUUCAGUGUCCGUAGCCGCAAAGACCUUAAAGACCUUUUCGAUGUCUAUGCUGUGCCUUGCAAUCGAUCUGGUCUAGAGCCUACUCCACUUUAUACUAAUUUGAAGAUUGAUGAAAACAGCAUUGGAUUCCAACCCGAUUUAGAUUUGUUGACUAGGAAUGUUUCAGACCUUGGUUUGUUCAUUAAGAGUAGGCAGCAGUUGUCAGAUAACCAGAGGCAAAUAUCUGAUGCUAUUGCUGCUGCCAGCAUUGUAACUAAUGGUACUGGAGUGGAAAGCACAUCACUGGGGGUAUUUGGUGUGGGCAUCCAGCAACUGAACGACUUCCUUGUGAACUGCCAAGGAGAGCACUGCACCUAUGAUGAAAUCCUCAGCAUUAUCCAGAAGUUUGAACCCAGUGUCAGUAUGUGCCAGCAGGGGCUACUAUCUUUCGAAGGAUUUGCAAGGUUUUUGAUGGAUAAAGACAACUUUGCCUCCAAAAAUGAUGAGUCACAAGAGAAUGCUGAGGACUUGCAGUUUCCACUGUCAUAUUACUAUAUUGAAUCUUCCCACAAUACCUACCUUACUGGCCAUCAGCUUAAAGGGGAAUCCUCAGUGGAGCUCUAUAGCCAGGUUCUCUUACAAGGCUGUAGAAGUGUCGAAUUAGACUGCUGGGAUGGCGAUGAUGGGAUGCCUAUCAUUUACCACGGACACACUCUCACUACUAAGAUCUCUUUUAAGGAGGUAGUUGAAGCCAUUGAUCGCAAUGCAUUUAUCACCUCUGACAUGCCAAUUAUCAUAUCCAUAGAAAACCACUGUUCCUUACCUCAGCAGCGCAAGAUGGCUGAAAUUUUCAAGAAUGUAUUUGGAGAUAAGCUGGUGACCAAGUUUUUAUUUGAGAGUGACUUUUCUGACGACCCCAUGCUUCCUUCACCUGACCAACUGAAAAGAAAAAUCCUGCUUAAAAAUAAGAAGCUCAAAGCCCAUCAAACACCAGUGGAUAUAUUGAAACAGAAGGCUCACCAGCUGGCGCAUAUGCAAGCACAGGCUAGCAAUGGUGCUAGCAACCCCACACCUGCCAAUGAAGAGGAAGAAGAUGAAGAGGAUGAGUAUGACUAUGACUAUGAAUCUCUCUCUGAUGCAGAUGUCCUUAAUGCUUCUCCUGCUCCUAACAGCCAGGAAGAUAACAUUCUUGACGACCGACCUGAGAAUAAAUUAUCAAGUGAUAAGCUGCAGUUUGAAUAUAAUGAAGAGACUGCCAAAAGAAUAAAGAAGGCUGAUUGUGCUACUUACAGUAAUAAAGGAAAGGUUUACGACAUGGAACUGGGAGAAGAAUUCUAUCUUCCACAAAACAAGAAGGAAAGCAGACAGAUAGCCCCAGAGCUAUCAGAUCUUGUCAUUUACUGUCAAGCUGUGAAGUUCCCAGGCUUAUCAACUCUAAACCCAUCUGGCUCUAGCAGAGGAAAAGAAAGAAAAAGCAGGAAGUCCAUUUUUGGCAACAAUCCUGGUAGACUGAGCCCUGGGGAGUCAGCUACUCUUGCCAAAGCAUCUGGAAAAGGUCCUUUUGAUGUGAUGCGGCAGACGUGGGAAGACCCUUCCUCUCCUUACAACUCUCCAGCUUCUCUCAGUGCUAUUAUAAGGACGCCCAAGUGCUACCACAUCUCCUCCCUGAACGAGAACGCUGCCAAGCGGCUGUGCCGGCGGUACUCCCAGAAGCUGAUCCAGCACACCACCUGCCAGCUCCUGCGGACGUACCCUGCUGCCACGCGCAUCGACUCCUCCAAUCCCCAUCCACUCAUCUUCUGGCUCCAUGGAGUGCAACUCGUGGCUCUUAACUACCAGACAGACGAUCUUCCCCUGCAACUCAAUGCAGCAAUGUUUGAGGCGAAUGGUGGCUGUGGAUAUGUUCUGAAACCUCCUGUUCUGUGGGAUAAGAAUUGCUCAAUGUACCAGCAGUUUUGUCCAUUAGAAAGAGAUCUUGAUAAUAAGGAACCAGCUAUAUAUUCUUUAACAAUCGUGUCUGGGCAGAACGUGUGCCCCAGCAACAGUACAGGAAGUCCCUGCAUUGAAAUCGAUGUGCUCGGGAUGCCCCUGGACAGCUGCCAUUUCCGGACCAAACCCAUUCAUCGCAACACGCUCAACCCAAUGUGGAACGAGCAGUUUCUUUUCCGGGUUCAUUUUGAAGAUUUGGUCUUUCUUCGGUUUGCAGUUGUUGAAAAUAACAGUUCAGCUAUAACGGCUCAGAGAAUCAUUCCACUGAAAGCUCUGAAAAGAGGCUAUAGACAUGUCCAGCUCCAUAACCUGCACAAUGAGGCACUGGAAAUCUCUAGUUUGUUCAUAAACAGUCGGAGGAUGGAAGAAAGUCCCUCUGGAAAUACUGUGCCUGCAUCUAUAUUGUUUAGUUCAGGUGAAAGGAAAGCCUCUGUGCCUUACAAAGUGACAAUCCAUGGAAUUCCAGGCCCGGAGCCCUUCACUGUUUUUAACAUCAGUGGAGGGACCACGGCUGCACAGCUUCUCCAUCAGAUCUUGGAGACCACAAAAGGCACCGAGUCCUGUGCUUCAGACUAUUUUCUGAUGGAAGAGAAAAGUUUUUUAUCUAAAGAAAAGAGUGACUGCAGAAAACCACCAUUCCAGAGAGUAAUUGGUCCUGAAGAAGGGCUUGUGCAGCUCUUGAACAGUUGGUUCCCAGAAGAAGGAUAUGUUGGAAGAAUCAUCUUUAAAACCCGAGAGGAAAAUUUAAAUGAGAGAAACGUCUUUCAAGAAGCAAAGGAAGAUGCAGCCAUCACCUCGGAGGAUGACAGUUUCUUUGUUCAGGUACACGAUGUCUCCCCCGAGCAGCCACGCACUGUCAUCAAGGCACCGCGCUUCAGCACCGCGCAGGAUGUCAUACAGCAGACUCUUUGCAAAGCCAAGUAUUCCUACAGCAUUCUGAGCAAUCCAAAUCCAAGCGACUAUGUCCUCCUCGAAGAGGUGACAAAAGAGCCAACAAACAAGAAGUCCUCAACAUCUAAACCAUCUCAGAGGAUUCUCUCCGAUCAAGAGUGUGUGUUUCAGGCCCAAAGCAAGUGGAAGGGAGCUGGAAAAUUUAUUCUUAAACUCAAAGAACAGGUUCAGGCAGCACGAGAUGACAAAAGAAAAGGCAUUUCCUUUACCAGUGAGCUCAAAAAGCUGACCAAGUCAAGUAAGCAGUACCGGGGCUUCAUUUCACCACCCCUGCAAGUCCUGCCUGACAGCCCACAAAAUAAGGAUGACAGGCCCAUGUGCAGCUUGACUUUUAGUGACGUUAUGGAAUAGUCACCACCAGUGCUUCCAGUACAGGCUGUGCAGUAACAACUGAAACGCACCAGCGUACCGUUUAUAUAAAGGACAGUCCAUCUAACUGCCCACUCAUUUACACUACGCAGACAUUUGCAUAGUGCUACUACAGCACUGAGCUGUCAUCUGAGAAAGCUCACUGUAAACGAAGAAUAAAUCUUUUCAGCGUUGGUAAUCCCAUUUCACAUACAGUGAAUUUAAGGAGAUUGCAAUUCCUUUUCGCUUACUACACUAUUAAAGCAUUAUUUGACACGUAAUAUCACAUCAUUGCUAAAGCACUGUACUAACAAGCAGAAUUCAAACAAUAUCAUCAUUUGCAAAAUAUUUGAGAUCUGAACAAACACAUGGGAUGUCUUCUUUCUAGGCGACAAAGGCAACACUAAAUCACCAACAGAAUUCAAGCGCAACAAAGUAGAUUGUGGAAAAAUCCCAGUCACAUUCCCUCCUCUCCAGCAUUUGUUCUUUCAUUUAUUCUGCAAACUGGAAUUUACAACACUGAACCCUUCUCCAGUGCCCUUGAAGGAAUCUGCUGAGGUCUGAACUGGUCGGCAAUUGUUUGGUCUGUGCUUUCAAUGCUUAACCAGGCAGUGCUGCUGGAUUAACAUUCAGAAUCUGGGAACGCUACAUGGGAUGGCAGAUUGGAGAGCUGCCUGUCAGCUCCCCGCUAUCUUCACUUGUGCAAAGUCUUGACAGGCAGAUGAAGAAUUUUUCUUGGACUGUAUGUUGUAAACAAACAUGUUACCACCCUGUCUCCUUUUUAAACAAAAGAUUUUAGCUAAUUGCCUUAAGGGAAACCAAAGGCAGAGAACCAGAGUGUUCUUUUAUGUGUAUUAUAUUAAAAUAAUGCACUUUUACAUAAAGAUUCCUGUUGAACACUGUGUUUAGUGACUGUAAAGAGAUUUAAAUAUACUGUAACAUCCUUGGCUUAUCAGUUUAACUUUGGUGAAUAUACACAAAUUGCUCAAGUUAUUUAUGGUUUAUCUGCUUUAACAAAAUAUUGUACAGUAGUUAAAUACACCUAACUGGUAGUGAUACUUUGACAAAGAACAACAUUAUCAUCUUAUAAAGUCUAGUUUUCCAGGCUUGCGUUUAAAGAGAGAAUAUUUAUUAUCAUGUCCCAAAGUAUGUGUCAUUGUGUAAUAUAUUUAUCAUAUAUUACUUUUUAGAAACUAUAGAAUUUUCACCUCCCUCUGGAUUUAGAGGAAAAAAAUGUUUGAACUUUCCUGCUUGUUUCUUUUCAGCACAAGAAGUCUGAUACCCAAAACUGACCAAACUCAGAGUACUGAAAAACAUAAUUAACACUUCAGCAUUGUAUGAAAAUGCCUACAGUUGUUUUUUUUUUACUUACUAUUUAAACCCAGAGAGCAUAAACACUCUUACACUACCACGCUUGACACUUCGUUUACAUAGAAACACUGUCAAAGUCUGAUGUUUGCUGAAUUCAUCUUUUGAUAUUUAAGAUAUUAUGGUUGCCUCUUUUUUUACUCCAUGGAGGUUAUUAAUUUUUUUAGUUAGUUAAUUAAUCUAUAUAUACCAACUUACGAGGGAACAAAUAAAACAAUUGCUGAAACCACCCAUCCCUUCCAUUUCCCAUACAAAGUAUACCUUUGGUGAUUAAGUAUUUGGCCCUGCACACAUUUGCGCUCCCUGGAGCACUCCCUGAACCACACAUUGUUAGCUGUCUGACUCCAGUGAGAAUCCAUGCUAUAGGGAUUGAUUCUUGUGGUCACAGCCUGCAUGCUGACUUUAGCACUUAAAGACAAACUGCUGCUGCUCCUAAGAGAGUCUGCAUCAGGCAAAGAAUAGAAUAGCACUGCAGCUACAACAAGGAUGUGUACUUUUGGUAGCGUAAGGACGAAAGGAAAGGAAGGUUCCCUAUCUGCAGAUGGUAGACGUCCUUCCUCUCCCAGUAAUUACAGAAUAAACCAAAAGAAAGCCAACUCAUGCUCUGAUAUAUAAAUAAGCAGGUAGAAGCUACAUUUUCCCACCAGUUUCUUUUACAGUGCACUACUGAGAAUUCCUGUCUGACAGAUGCUAACAAGGCAAAACGUGCCCCCUGGAGGUCAUUUCCAACUAUCAGGAAAAAUAACCACGGACCUGGUCACAUAUCCCUCGCUCCCAGUGCUUAUCUUUAGUACUAAGACAGAAAAACUGUUUUCUUAGCAUAAUUAAUUUGAUAUGGAAUACUUCAGAAUUAUUGGGAAAUGCAUCAAGCCACCGCACAAUUCGACUAAUGCAGCAGGUUCUUAAAUGCUAGCCUUUUUCUGCUAUUUUAGCACAGUGGCAGUUUCAUAUCACUAAUUUUUUCUUGCAGUGCUUUGGGUAUUUUUAGAAAUAAGAAUUAUUAUCCUAUAGAGUUUAUCCUUAACUAUUUGACUUCUUUAAAAAAAAUAUUCAGCAGUACUGAAAAUAGAAUUCUUAAUAUCACUCUUAGCACCAGGCUUGCUCCAACAUACAAAACCCUUACAUGCAUUUCAUCAGCCAGUAAUAGUUUUCUUUCACAUAGAUUUAAACUAAAAAAGAAAUCUUGUGAAAUUCAGGGGCAACAGCAGCAGUGUCACAAGGUGUAAUGCAGCUCCACCACUGGCACAAAGUCUAGUGGAACUUAGGAAUAGCAGUUAAGUACUUUUUCUGCUAAUACAAUAACUCUCCAGUUGUUGGAAAAGUUGAUUAAUUUAAGUAUCUUCCUCAUCGGUUCCAAGGCUUCCUCAUCGGCUUCCUCAUCCUUCCAAGGUCUAAAACUGCUUUCUCUGCUGUUUGUCACAGUAAAACAGAACAGGGAAAUAUUUAUCUAGAAUUUUGUCAGGCUAAUUAUAAUGUUCCAGUACUUUCAUUAAUGCACAAAUAUCACAACCUCAAGUUACAGAAAGGUUCUGGCUGGUGCCAAGUGUCAGAGUGAGGGGUUUUUUUUGCAAGUAAAAUGCAGUUCCCUUUUGGUGCAGAUGGAAAGCAAGACAUUUCCCUUCCACUUGUGUUCAUUCCAAAUAUCCCACUAAUGAAAAUCUGCCACCCCUUAAAGCAUUAAAGAGGUUUGGGGUUUUGUUAAGUUUUAAGAAAUCUCAGAUAAAUGCAUUUCAUGUGAAAAAAAAAAGUUUCAAUUCUACCAGGAAAAUUUAUUUUACUUAUCCACAGAUGAUUUUCUUUCUGCAGGAAUACUUGCCCACACAUUCCUCUGAUAAAACACCUUUGUCCCUUUCUGUGCUUUUGGCUGGGUACGGACUUCAAUUAGGAAAAUACAUUCAUUUUCACAUUACAAACUAUUUACAGGAAACAGCUUCCAGGAUAAAGUCUGAAAGAAAGGAAUGUAAAUAAGCAACACCUUCCAGAAAAAAGCACUGAGUGGUAGCAGGCCCCGUUCUGAUGAGUUUACAGGUAAAACCCUUGUGCUCAGUUGCCUCUUGGCCAUAUGGGAGUAUUUUAUUCAAUUUUUUUUUUUUAAAACCACUGUACUUUUAUACCAAUAUCUUUUUGUGAAUCUUUCUUUAUGAUUUUCCUCACAAAGCAUUUGCUGUUUGCAGUGCUGUGAGUAUAUGGGACAACACUUGGGCUGCCAGGGAUUCCGGGCUUGUUCCACUACUGCUCAGUUUUCAGGAGCUGGGGCACACUGGGGGGGAAUUCCUAUGGGCUGAAGGGUUUCCUGUUUAUAUCUCACUCAUCCAACUUAAACGAAGCAGCAAAAUACUGUACAAUUUUUAUAUAGUAUAGUUACAAUUUUUAAAUCCUAAUCACCUAUUUUUAUUGAUACUAAAGAGUUUUACUAGAUGAAGGAACUCAAUAGCCAUCUUUUCAAAGUGGUCUGCUUCCAGAAAUCAUAUGCUUCUAGGAAUUAAUUAAAGACUUCAACUAGUAAUCUAUAGGAAUGUGUUCCUGAAAUAUUCAGGAAAUAUUUGUCUCUAAAAAAAUAACUUGCUGGUAGCUUUCCAGUUCAGUGAAAGGCUGAGUCUGCAGCUUCUGAAACAGAACUCUCUGCCUUCUGCUCUUGCUCUCUGAAUGCUGCUAAGCUUCACUAAUGUUUGUUUGUUAAUUGCUGGCUCCUAGUAGACCGCUACAAAACUCAGUUUACUUUUGGGGUAUCCCACUAAAUGUAACAAUGGUGGAGUUUUUUCACUAUGUAAUAAAUAUUUUGUAACUGCAAUAGUGAUAGGCAUUUGACAGGGUUAGCAAAUUAAACACGAAAACAAAUAACAAUGAAUAGAUUUUGCUCCAAUACUUGCAUAGAGUAUUUCAGAAAGACUUACUUGUUAGCUGCACACUCACCUUCCUCUGCCUCCUAACGCAUGUCAUGGCAUUCUGACAGUGCGGAGUCACCACGUGCCAGUCAUUAGAUUGUUUGGAAACUAUGUAAAAUGAACAAUUCUAAAAGCAACUUUCCACCUAGGCUAUUUCCUCCUUGCUGACUUGAAGAAUAAACUUGUAUUUGUAUAUGUUGUAAAAAAUAAAUGGUUUAAGAUGUUGA